GCUGACAGAGCGGCGCCUCGGUGACUGCAAUGAGAUUCCGAAGUCAAGAGGUCUAUCUACAGGUAUAAAACUUGGCAGUUCUGCCUACUCUUCCUCAGUUCAAGUUGCCCAUCAGCUCCUUGAUCACCCACCGCCUCAAUCACUACUUAGCCAAAGUUCGUAUAUCAGUCUUGCACAAUGUUCAUUCGUCUCUUGUCCAUCACGUCUCUCUGCCUUCUCGCAAUUGCCAAUCCCCUUGCUCGCCGCCAGACAAGCAGCCAGUGCGACACAGGCAACAUCCAGUGUUGCCAAGGGACCCAGACGGCCGAUGAGUACAAUAAGAACGCGACGGCACAUGGAGGGAUUCCAAUUGACAUCGACAUCCUCGGUCGUGUCGGUCUUAGUUGCACUCCAAUCUCCGUUGUCGGCACUGGCGCUGGCGCGACCUGUUCUCAGGAGCCACUCUGCUGCAGCGACAAUCAAUAUUACGGGCUCGUUAACAUCGGCUGCACGCCCAUCAACAUCAACAUCUGAGCUUUGAAGGUGGCGGAACGUGGUUGCAAUGUGGGAGAUGAGCUAUGGACAGUCGUUAGUUUGUUACAGUUUUGUUCGGGCUUGAAGAGGUUCCGUAUUAGCAAUGUGUCG